UAUCAAUGACAAUAUCUGAAAAUUUUUUUCAUAAAACUAAACUUUAGCGAGUUGAAGAUAUGAGCAAAUGUUGUCACGAGAGAGAGAGCAUAGGCGCACUACACUUAUUUUUCCUUGUCCAUGAUUUUUUUCAUAAGAUUUUUCCGGUAAGGUUUUUAAUGAAAUAGUCUCAAAUAGGGGUAUGCGAUAAUUAUGUACUCUACCGUUAUAUCCCAUAUUAUUUUUCCUAGUAGAAUUUUAAGGAAGCAUAUUCUAAAUUAAAGGAUAUCCAAGAAAGAGUAUUAUGAAAUAAUGGAGUAUCAUUGAUAUCCAUUGGGAUGAGAUACUAUGACAACCCACCUCAUCACCAUUGGAUACGCCCUCUCUCACGCAGCCAUCCACCAUCACAGUAGUCCUCCACCGCCGCAGCCCUCCACCGCCAGCGUCGCCACCCCUGUCUCCCGCAACAGCACUCCACCGCCGUCGUCUCCGCAAUCCUCAAGUUCCCUCCACCACCUGCCGUUGCAACUCUCUCCCGCCGGCCCGUCGCACCGUUCCCUCCCACCAGCGCGGCGCAAUCAUCCUCUUCCCGUCGAAGCCCUCUCGCCGCCCUUCGUCUCCCACCACUACCACCGUUGCGAGAUCACCCUCUUCCCCUAACUCUCUCUCCCGUCACCGACUGCCCCUUUCUAGAUCUGGUUUUUUUUCCGACUAGUGGUACCAUUUUUCUUCUGGUAGCGUACCACUACCGGCUACCAGAUGUUAGUGGUAGCGUUGUACUGGUACCGUACCACUAGAAAAAAUCAUUAUCACUAGACUAAUGGACUGGUACACCUUUUAAUGCACUGGUAUAUGUUUGCAGGUUGCCAAAGGGAGUCUGCCUGAGAGAUUUCGCUGGAGGAAGUCUGCUAGAAGGAUUUCACCGGAAAAAAAGUCUGCACGUCGAAGAGAAUUGGUUGUUGGUAAGGAAGAGAGAUAUAAAUAUAUUUUAUUGUA